UUAUUAAUUUUCACCCCUAUUCUCUUGAAAAUCAAAAUCUAAUAAUAUCUGAAACUCUCUCCAGUUGUUCUCUCGAUCACAAUCGCUAGCCCUCUCUCCCUUACUCUCCAGCUUCGAUCUAUCUCUUCUUUCUUUCUUUUUCUUUUAAAACCCUCACAUGUUAGCCCUAACUCACUGAGUCCAAGUCACAUUCCUCCGAACUCUGAUAAUCAUCGUUUUCCAGCCAAAUUUGCCGGUUAAUUAAACCUAAUAAAUUAAGGAUACCAUUCCCUAUCUCUCUUUUAAGGUAUAUUUUAUCAAGAUUCUCUAGAAGAUUUUGCCGGUGUCACUGAUAAACAAGGUUCUUUUUCUUCUGAGAUGAAUAUGCAACAAGUUGUGUUUCCAAAAUCUUCUGCUAAUGGAUUUGGCCGUCAAAGAGGUGAUAGAGAGGUUGGGGCUAGGUUGGAGAAUAAGAUGCAGCUGGGAAAAUCCAAUCAAGGCAGAAUACAAACUACAGGUGCACUGGCUGUUGGGAAGACUGUAGGUAAUGAGAGUUUUUCCCGUGAUCGGUUAGUUUAUCUGACAACAUGUCUUAUUGGGCAUCCGGUGGAAGUCCAUGUGAAAAGCGGAUCAAUUUACACUGGAAUAUUUCAUGCAACUGAUGCAGAAAAUGAUUUUGGAAUCAUCUUGAAAAUGGCUCGCUUGAUAAAAGAUGGUACUUUGUGUGGUUACAAGGCUACUACAGAGUUUGUUAGCAAGGCACCCUCAAAGAUUUUAAUUAUACCUGACAAAGAACUUGUGCAAAUUAUAGCAAAGGAUGUGGCUGUAACCAGGGAUGGAUUUGCAAGUGAGCCCCAAAAUGAAAAACAUCAGGAGAUUUUGAUAGAUUCUGCAAUAUCACAGUCCCGACAUGUUGAGGUUGAGAGGGAAUUGGAGCCCUGGGUUCCUGACGAAGAUGAUCUGCAGUGUCCUGAGCUAGAAAAUAUUUUUGAUGGACCAUGGAAUAGGAACUGGGAUCAGUUUGAAACCAAUCAAAAACUAUUUGGUGUAAAAAGUACUUUCAAUGAGGAACUUUACACGACAAAACUUGAGAGAGGUCCUCAGACGAGGGAAUUGGAGAAGGAAGCAAUGAGAAUAGCAAGAGAGAUCGAGGGUGAGGACACCCAAGACCUUCAUUUAGCUGAGGAGAGAGGCGUUGAUCUUCAUGAUGAUUUUGAUAUCGAUGAGGAGAUGAGAUAUUCGUCGGUCUACAGGGGUAGAGGGGUUGAUGAUAGUGGUUAUGAAGAAGAAGAGGACAUUUUGUUGGAUUCCCACAAUAUUGAGACAUUUGGAGAUUCAUAUGAUUCUCUUAGUAGAAGCACUGAUGGAGUUCGAAUGCCAUCAAGCUCUUCCUUAGUGGAUGAUGCACCAUCUUCCCAGGCAGCCAUUAGUGAAGAUUUGAAUUGCUCUCGACCUAAUGAUCAGGCGAGACAGUUGGCAUCUGAACUCCCUUCUAAAAGUUUCUCUGUAUCUGACAGUGAAAGCAGGAUCCGAGACAAGUUGCUUGGUGAACAUGGUGGAAGCAGUGAUGGUAAUGAGUUUCCAGAAAAGCAGUCUCCAUCUGAGGACUUGCAAUUGUCAAAAUCUGUUGAUUCUGGGUCAUUAUUGAAUGACAAAAUUGAUGGGUCUGAUAAAGCUAGACGAUCUGCAAAUCCUACUAAUUCAUCAUCUAAUGCUUUGUCAAAGGUUAGUGAAAAGCCAAAUUCUUCAGGUAAGCUCUCGGAAGGUCCAGCUUCUAGCAAAGCAACUGGUGAGAUGCAUUCUGCAAAUUCCCAUGGACAACCUGAUAGUUCUACAUCAUCAAAUUCAGAUUAUGUUGGUACUGUCUCAGCAUCUGGUGGCUUUGGCUUAUCACCGAGUUCAUCGAUGGGUUCAUUGUCCUCUGAGAAGUCAACACUGAAUCCCCACGCAAAGGAAUUCAAACUCAACCCUAAUGCAAAGAGUUUCACACCAUCUCAGACACCUGUCAGGCCUCUAUCCCCAGUGUCUGAUGGUUCUUUCUACUAUCAGACACAAAUGUCUCCUUUACCACAUAUGCACAUGCCUGUUAGUUUUGGGAUUGGGCCCUCCUUUCCUGGGCACCAACCUGUUAUAUUCAACCCACAAGUGGCACCAAUACAAUCACCGCAAGCAUAUUUUCAUCCAAAUGGACCUCAGUAUGGGCAGCAGAUGGUACUUGGGCAACGGCAAGUGAUGUAUUACCAACCUGAAAUGCAAUACAAAGGACGGGAUUAUUAACUAGUAAGUAUGUCGAAAUCCUUCUCCGAAGCUUGCUUGCUAUUCUCGCAAAGAAUAAAAACUUUUUGGAGGCUGCUUGGAUCAAUUUUUUCCUUUCACAAAACAAAGCCUAGUCCUACCGGUCCAAGAAAGAACCCAUAUCCUAUAUAUAUAUAUAUGGGGGAUGGGGAUGGUGUUUACUGGUUUUGUGGGGGAUAAUUUUAUAAACCCUCAUGACUCUUUGGAUUUUCUAGCUUUUGGUAACCAACCUCUACCUUUGUCUGAUCGGAUAGUUUUUUAAUCUUUGAUAGUACUGGAAUUGUAUCAGUUUUGUGGUGCAAAGAUAGUGUUGCGUUUUACUCCUAUGUGGUGAGAUGUAUGUGUGUGCCUUGGGGGCUGGGCUACACAAUUUUGAUAGUGAAAGAGAUUGAUGCUGUUUAUUGACAGGUACUGUCGUACUAUUGAUUGAAUAAGGCUGAUUAAAACAUCUAAUAAAUAUUAGAAGGCAGGAAUUUUAUUAAAA